AUGGAUAACGCAGACUACAGGCAAAAUUUCACGGUUCAAUACUGCUUCCCUGGACACAAUGCAUCUUGCAAAAAGGACGUCCGAACAGGCCCUGGAUACAUCGUUUUGUUCGUUUUUCUCUCGUGUGUAUCUGUUUGUACAGUGUUUUUAAAUGUGUUGGUGAUUAUCUCCAUCUCUCACUUCAAGCAGCUCCACACUCCAACCAACCUGCUCAUCCUCUCUCUGGCUGUGGCAGAUCUCCUCGUGGGAAUGUUUGUUAUGCCUGUGAAAAUAAUGCAACUGACAGACUCCUGUUGGUAUCUUGGAAAUAUGGCCUGUAUUAUUUUUCCAAUAAUCAAUGGCCUCUCUGUGUUGUCAUCUCUGUGUAGCUUGGUUUAUAUUGCAGUCGAUCGGUAUUUGGCCAUCAGUGACCCUCUGCAUUAUUCUAGUAGAAUCACUGUUUUCACAAUGUCCGUGUGCAUAAUCCUAGGCUGGUCUUUUUGUUUCUUGUAUGUUGUUGUCUAUAUGUACUUUAACGACCACUUCCUUCCAUAUCAGAUAUACACCAGGUGUCAUGGAGAGUGUCUAGUGAUCAUAAAAUAUCCCUGGGUGGUCGCCAGCAUUCUAAUAUUUUUUGUUUUUCCUUGCUCUCUUAUUUUGGUACUGUAUUCAAUCGUAUUUCACGUUGCAAGGCGUCAAGCCAAGGCUGUCAGAGCUGUGGUCAAUGGUGCUUUGAGCAAAAAUACAGGCAAAGUUUCAAGCUCAUCUGAAACCAAAGCAGCAAAAACACUGGGGAUUGUAAUUUUCUUUUAUUUUGCUUUCUGGAUACCUUUUUACAUCAGUUCUCUAACGGUUGAAAAGUUGACCACUGUGUCAAUGGUGUGGACUGUGUUUGGCUGGUUAAUGUACAUCAACUCCUCAAUGAAUCCUCUGAUAUAUGCCAUUUUCUAUCCAUGGUUCAGAACGUCAGUUAAGUAUAUUGUGACUUUUAAAAUAUUUAAAUCUUCAUCGUCACGGUUUAAUUUGUAUAAAGAACACUGAUAGCUAAAGGAUAAGAUGUGCAUCGGUACAUCUUUUACCCCUUUUUUUGCUGUAAUUUCUGUAAUAUCUUUUCUGUAUUCAUAUUUCUAAUCUUUUCAUCAUAUUUAAAUUGAUCACAAUUAAUAUUAAUCACAUUUAAUUCCAAUAUUUAUGUAAGUUAAGUGUUUAGAUAUUUAAGGCAGGCUGUAAAAUUCUGUUAAAACCAGCUGCUGUCUGCAAUGUUCCUUUACUCUGGAGAUUGCUGGUGGAACAAUACUUUUUUCGUAACAACAGCAGCAGUUAGUUUAAGAUAUUUAAAGAUAUUAAAAAGCUUUACACACCUAUGUACCCACACCAAACAAGGUUUAUAAAAUCUGAACAUAAGCUGAAAUAAGACAAAAUUAUUGCCUAUUGUCUAUCUAUUGUUGUGUCCAUUUAGAUGUACUUCA